AUGCGAUUCUCGACCGUUUUCCUCCCGGUUGUCCUGGCCGCCUUGCAGGCCAGCGGCGUCUCCGCUGGUGACGAGAGUAUAGGUUCCACCUCGCCCCGAAGACCUGGGAGUCCUACCGAUCCCGGUUCCCUCCUAGCUGCCGGCGGUUCUCCGGGUUCCCGCAGCGCUCCAGCUACCGACGGCGCCCUCCCGCCCCGAGACCAGGGUAUGAUUGGUUUCGGACCUAUCCCCAGUGCCCGCAACAGAAAAAAGUUUCCUCAACCCAACAUCGUGCCGGGGCCCGACGGAACCGCUGCUCACCCCGAGGGCCCCAUGUGCAUAAUAACGCUGGUCAGACCAUUCGGGAGAUCAGAGUCGUUGCCUCUUCGAGCCGGCGUAGAAGGCAUUCCCGACGGUUGGAGCUGGAAGUGGAGAAAGGCCCCGUACGCGCAGGACAAGAAAAAGUCCCGCGUAUUUGGUGGACUUGGUCGUUUCGGUCGGACUUCGCAGCGGACGGGUUGA